UAUCACCUGCUGUUCCUAUUUUCAGGGUUUCUACCCAGAAGAUGACUUCGGUGACAGAGUCAGAAACUAUAAAAGAACUCAGCAGAUCCAUCAGUGUCAACUUAACAGAAAGCAAACGACUUGGUGCUCUUCUGCUUUCCAGUUUCCAGUUUUCUGUCGAGAAACUUGAACCUUUCUUAAGGGAUUCUAAGGACUUCAGUCUUGAAAGUUUCAAAGUCAAAGCAUCUUCUCUGUCUGAAGAAUUGAAACUUUUUAUAGACAACUUGGAAAGUGAUGGAACUCUACAAAAAUGUUUUGAAGAUUCUCAAGGAAAAGUUUCAGAUGUGUCUCUUGAAACAUCAGUGGCUGAGAUGAAGGAAUAUAUAGCAAAAUUUUCUUUGGAACGACAGACUUGGGAUCAGCUCUUGUUGCGUUACCAAGAAGAAGCCGAGGAGAUAACAUCCAGAUCAAAUGAAAUGAAAAUUACUGAAGUUGAGGUAGAACCUGCAAUGUAUGUUGGGUCUUCCCAGAGUGAAGUUCUUAAUACAAAGCCUGAUUAUCAGAAAAUAUUACAGGACCAGAAUGAAAUUUUUGAUUGUGUGGAGUUGGUGAUGGAUGAACUGCAGGGAUCCAUGAAGCAGCUGUAUACCUUUAUGGAUGAAAGUACUCAGUGCCUCCAGAAGAUGUCAGUACAGCUCGGGAAGAGAAGUACUCAACAAUUAGAUCCCUCACCAGCUCGAAAAUUGCUCAAGCUUCAACUAUAAAAUCUGUUUGUGACACAUUUCCUUGGAUCUUCUUGGUGACCUUAUUCAUCUUUUCUGCCACUACCUCUGAAGACCAGGAAUGGGUGGAAUGUCCAGGGCACGGCAUCCUGUGGCAGUGUGAACUAAUGAUUUUUGCCCUUAAAGGAUAACUCAUUGUGGAUUUGUUGUUUUUCUACACGUGAUGGAAUUUAUGCAUAAAAAAUAUUGUAUAGAC